UCGCCUCUCGCAGAGAGCUUCGUCAACAAAAGAGAACAAGAAAAAGAAAGGAGAGAAUUCAAAAACACAUCCUUUUCCGAUUCCGAAUUCCAAUCUGAUCUGUUUCUGAAUUGAUCCGCCUGUCAUUUCAUAUCUUUGGCGCUAGGGUUUCUGGGUCUCAAGAAUUGGGUGAUUCGUAAAUCUUUAAACUUUGUCUUGUGAAGCGAAUGAUCAAUGGAGACUAAAGGUGGGAAAAAGAAGUCUAGUAGUAGUAGUAGUAAUAGUAAUAGGGUUCUUUUCUACGAAGCUCCUCUCGGAUACAGCAUUGAAGACGUUCGACCAAACGGGGGAAUCAAGAAGUUCAGAUCUGCUGCUUACUCAAACAUCACCCGCAAACCAUCCUGAUAUUCCUCAAAGUUUUUCGCUUUAACCACUAAACGUGGUUCAUCACUGCCUGGCUGUAGCAUAAAUUUACUUGCUUUUUUCCUGCCCAACCUCUCCUUCAGCCUCUUCUUCCUCUUCUGGUCUCUUUGCAAUUGCGAUCUCUUGCCGUCCAUAGCCCCUUUACUAGUUUCUUUGCUGCUCCAUUACAGUAGUUUGGUCUAAAAAUGACAGUCUCUGCUAUUGGUUUCGAAGGUUUUGAGAAGAGGCUCGAAAUAUCAUUUCAUGAGCCUAGUGUCUUUCUUGAUCCUGAGGGGAAGGGCCUUCGGGCUCUCUCUAAAUCCCAGUUGGAUGAAUUCCUGGGCCCGGCAGAGUGCACUAUCGUGUCAUCGCUGUCAAAUGCUUAUGUUGAUUCAUAUGUGCUCUCGGAGUCUAGCCUCUUUGUUUAUCCUUACAAGAUCAUCAUCAAAACGUGUGGCACUACGAAGUUGCUCUUAUCAAUCCCACCCAUUUUGAGGCUGGCGGAUUCCCUUUCUCUUGCUGUUAGAUCUGCCCGCUACACUCGUGGCAGCUUUAUUUUCCCGGGAGCUCAGUCGUACCCUCACCGUAGCUUCUCUGAAGAAGUCAGUGUGCUCGAUGGCUAUUUUGGUAAGCUCGGCUCAGGAAGCAAGGCUUUUGUGAUGGGAGGGACUGAGAGUAACCCUCAAAGGUGGCAUGUCUAUUCUGCCACCUCUGCAGAUGCAUCUGUUUGCUGUGAACCUGUCUACACAUUGGAGAUUUGCAUGACUGGACUGGACAGGGAAAAAGCUUCUGUUUUCUACAAAUGUCAUUCGGGUUCAGCAGCUGAGAUGACCAUAGGCUCCGGCAUUAGAAAAUUCCUUCCGGGUUCAGAAAUCUGUGAUUUUGAGUUCGACCCAUGUGGUUAUUCGAUGAACUCCGUGGAAGGAGAUGCAGUUUCGACCAUCCAUGUGACACCUGAGGACGGACUCAGCUACGCGAGCUUUGAAACUGUCGGGUAUGACCUGAAGAACCUGAACCUGAACGAGCUGGUGAACAAGGUAUUGAUUUGUUUCAAACCGGGAGGAUUCUCCAUAGCUGUACACGCCGAUCUUGGAGCCGAGUUGCUGAAGCAGGACUGCGACUUUGAGUUCGACCCGUCGGUGGACGUCAAGGGAUACUGCAGCAAAGAGAGAUGCCUAGAGGAGCUUGAACUCGGGGGUUCAGUUGUCUACCAGAAGUUUGUCAAGAGUGGGGAAUGUGACACUCCUAAGUCGACUCUUGCUUGUUGCUGGAAAGAGGAAGAAAUGGUUGAAGGAGAAGAGGAAGAGUGAAGGGUUUAUGUUUCAUUCUGUUUCCGUUUAGUUUCUCUGUCAGAAUAAAAAAGGCAAAUUGCAGAUCUGUGUGGACAUGUUAUGUUACGAUGAUUGCAGUUUGUGUUGUUGUGUCGUGUUGUGAAGACUUGAAUGUUGUUCUGUGUAGUUUCUCUGGUGGCUGCACCAGAAGAUUUGUGUCUGAAGUUUGAAGCUUUUCACUGUGGUCUGCUCCAAAUCUAUUUCAUGUUUGUUGCCCAUUUCCUUUCGUGGAUUGUGUGUAUAGAUUGCAUUCAA